UACACAAUAUUGGCUCAGGCAUCUCUGGCGAUCGAUCGGUACUUGCAAAUAGUCUGGCAAAGAUCGCCGAAAAUUUGGCAUCGAUGGAUUAUCGUUUGUCUUAACCUGGUCAUAACGAUCGUAACCACCAUACCUCAGGGAUUACAGGACGCUUUCGGAGGCAAGCCAGGAGUGACAUGCGUUGUUGACAUGCGCAAAUACGACUUUGCCAUCAAUUCCGGAUCGCUUUUCAUUAUGGCCAUGUCGUAUGUUGUGACGUUGGCUUGUGGCAUGCGGCUGUUGCUCUUCCUGAAAAGCUACCGUAAACAGAACCUGUCCAUCAGGCAGCGGAUGAACUUGAGAGACAACAGUGACAUUUCGAAUUUGAUUUUAAUUCAAACCGUUCUAGCCGUUUCCUUGCAACCGAUGACUAUAAUAAUGUAUGUAAUCGACGGAAUAAUUCUCGGAGUACCUCAGUGGCUGCGGUUUACUCUUAUCAUGUGCUAUUAUAUCACUCCAAUGCUUAACUCCGUAAUUCUCUUCUACAUAAUCAAGCCAUAUCGCAGAGCCCUGAUGAAGAUGAUCGGUAGGAGGGUGCAGCCUGUCGAGUCUAUCGCUGCCAUCCAAAACAAUUCUACCCUCCUCGAACUAGGCGGCUUUUCGUCGGUACACAACCGAUUGAAAAUGGCAAAUUAA